UGCGCAGACGCCUGCUUCUGUUUAGCACAGAGGGGGUAUUUGAAGCCUCGUUCGUCGUGUUUUCUUUAGGUUUUGUUGGUGGAAACAGCUAAAACUGAGCUCUAACUGUUCAGUAAGGGCUAAAGGAAGGUUUGGAGAAAGAAAAGCCAACAGAGAUGUAGAGAUAGCGUUUCCAACAGCGACUGGACUCAGCAGAGGAGAGGAGACAGAAACAUGGAUGCUGUUUUCAGCCCCGAUGUUCAGAUGGACAGAUUAGUGUUACCCGAAGAUUUUCAGCAGAUUCUGGUGGUUAAAGAAGAGGCUCUUGAAGAGCAGAGUUUUCGUGUGGACCACCACGAGCCAGAGGCGCUUCACAUCAAGGAGGACCCGGACAAACCGCUCAAUGUGAAGAAGGAGACUGAUGCCAUUAGGUUUCCACUAACUGUGGCUCUUAUAAAGAGUGGUGAUAAAGAUAAACCUCUGUUCUCAGUGCUUCAUCAGCACCAAACAGAAGACAGAGAUCUUCCACCCAGCAGCUCAGCUGACCAGAUGAAAACAAAAACUGAUGAGGAGGACUUUAGAGGAGCAGAAUCCAGCGAGAACACAGAUCUUAAUACUCAUAAAGACAUUCAAAAAGAAGAUGCUCCUAAAGAAAAGAAUCCUGGUGGUGACCAGCAGGAUCUAGAGCUCCUCCAAAUCAAGCAGGAAGAAGAGGAACCUUGGACCAGUCUGGAGGGAGAGCAGCUCAAUGUGAAGGAGGAGACCGAUCCCACCAAGUUUCCACUAACUGUAGUUCUUGUGAAAAGUGAGGAUGAUGACGAAAAACCACUGUUCUCACAGCUUCAUCAGCUCCAAAAAAGAGACAGAGAUCUUCCACCCAUCAGCUCAGCUGACCAGAUGAAAGCGGAAACUAAAGAAGAGGAGUGUGGAGGAGCAGAGUCCAGCAGGAACCCGGAUCUAAAUACUGUUGAAGACACUUCCAACUCUUCAGAGACUGAUGUCAGUGAUGAUGAUGAUGAUGAUGACGACGACGACGAUGAUAAUGAUGAUUUUGAUAAUGUGAACCAUCCGGACUCUCAGCUGAAACAGCUUUCAGACUCUGGGUCUGAAACUGAGGACAGUGAGAAUGGCUGGAAGGAGAGCAGAGCUGCCGAGUCAGGAGGACACGCUGUCACCAAGUCUUUGAGCUGCUUUGAGUGUGGUCAACAGUUUGUUAACAAGCGCUCUCUUCAGAGACACAUGACAUGUCAUUCCACUGCAAGGUCUUCACGCAGGCCUGUUAAUAAGAAGAGAGGGAAGAAAAAUAUCCGUGUACUGAAGAAAGUCCAGGCUGGUGUUAAAUGUUUUACCUGUGAUGACUGUGGUAAAACGUUCCAUUGGAAAAAUCAUCUAAGCAGGCACAUGAGAAUCCACACAGGCGAGAAACCGUUUAGCUGUGAAGUUUGUGGACAAAGGUUUAACCAAAAUUCAAAUUUAAACAAACACAUGAGAAUUCACACAGGGGGAAAACCCUUUGGUUGUGAUGUUUGUGGUCAAAGAUUUAAUCUGAAGUCAUAUUUACACAUACAUAUGCGAAUUCACACAGGAGAGAAACCAUUUGGUUGUGAUGUUUGUGGGCAAAGAUUUAACCAAAAAUCAAAUCUAAACAAACAUGCCAAAAUCCACACAGGAGGAAAACCAUUUAGUUGUGAUUUCUGUGGGCAAAGAUUUAAUCUAAAGUCAUAUUUAAACAAACAUGUAAGAGUCCACACAGGGGAGAAACCUUUUAGAUGUGAUGUUUGUGAGCAAAGAUUUAACCUAAAGUCACAUUUAAACUUGCACAAGAUAAUCCAUUCAGGAGAGAAACCAUUUGCUUGUGAUGUUUGUGGACAACGGUUAAUGCAAAAGUCAGCUUUAAAGAAACACAUGAAAAUCCACUCUGAAAUAAAAUCGUUUGACUGUGACGUUUGUGGACGACGAUUUAACCAGAAGUCGGCUUUAAAAAGACACCUGAGAAUCCACACAGGUGACAAACCCUUUGGUUGUGAUGUUUGUGGGCAAAAAUUUAACCAAAAAGCACACCUAAAUAAACACAUGACAAUUCACACUGGAGCCAAACCAUUUGGGUGUGAUGUUUGUGGGCUAGGAUUCAACCUAAAGUCACAUUUAAUGAGACACACAAAAAUUCACACAGAUGGAGAAAGAGUUUAGCUUUAAAUGUUAGGACAACUGUUAAAGCAGGGAACAUUAGAAAAUUCACCAUAGAAGUAAUCAUGCUUGUUUUAAAUCAUGCUUGUUUUACCUUAAAAUAUUUAAAAUGUAUUUUAUGUGUUGUGGUGAUCUCCCUGUUUGCAUAGAAAUACACUUUUGGUUUCUAAAACCACCUCAUAAGUUACAGUACACAUCUCUUCAUUAAUCGAUCAGGUUAUGGCUCCCUUUACACUUGAAAUAAAACUGUAUGACUGCUGCAGCCAGUCAAAGGCUGUUAUAAAAAAAUACAAAUGCAUUUUGUGUAUACAUCUGUUCCUACUGAAAUACCAUCCUUGAGCGUUUUGCAUUUCUGUAACGUUUGUAUUUGUUGGUGUGUUGUAACGAACAAAGAUUUGUUUUCUCUGUCAGAUGGUAAACAAAUGUUGGCAAAGAUAUAGUGACACGUUUCACCCAAAAAACUUUAUAUUGAUUGCAGUUUAGGCCAUUGUGAGUAUUGUCUGCAAAAUGUGGCCGCCCCACAGUCGCAGUCUGUCAUCUAUCAUUUCCACCAUCCAUACAUGAUUACCAUGCAAGUCUUCGAAGCAAAUUUUAGAUUGCUUAUUCAACACAAUGAAGACGGCGUUAAUUUGUUAAUGUCCCUCUCCCUUCUGCACUUAGCAGCCGUGCUUCUUUUAAAAACUUGCCUUUGUUAUACCCUCUCUGGAGCACCCCCUUGUGGUCUGGACACAAACACUUUCUCAUUUUGACCUGCUGCACAUUUGGUAUAGCUGUCACAGACUCUCCGUUUUCAUCAAUAACGAAAUACUUUAAUGAAUUUUACCUCCUUCGUUGGCCCCUUGGUGAAUAUUAUGAAACACAGAGAAGAAUCCAUUCCAGUGGCUAAAAUCUGAUGUUUGUAUACACUGUAUACUAUAUAAAGAUAUGUUUUAAUUAAUAAAUCCACAUUUAAAGCUUU